AUGUUAUAUUAAUAAUUAAAUAAAUAUUUUAAAAAAGCCCUUACCAGCUUUUUAAAUCAUAAGUCUUUUCCUAGAUUGAAUAAGUAUCGUUUUCAAUCUUAUAUAUAUUAGUGAGCAGUACCAAAAAUAGAGUAAAUAAAAAGUCUUAGACUGCCAACAGUUCUAAGUGUCUCUUUGUUCCUAAAAAUUAAGAACGAGAAUAAUUCAAUAUCACACCACCUUAGAAACAUAAAGUAUUUAAUAUAUUUAUAUUAUUUAAGAAUCUACUUUCUAAAAUUGAAGAAUUGAAUAUAGAUUCUAAUUGUUCAACUGAUAGCAGUCAACGUUAAGAAAAUCUAAGUCCAGUCUAUUAUUAUCCUAAAGGAAAAGAACCUUGUGGUGAACUCUAAGUUAUACUUAAUGGUGAUCUGAUCUAAGUGAUAUCCUAAACAAAAAAUAGGACAAAAUCACGUAAGUUCAGUGAUCAAGAAACCUAUGCUAUGAGUAAUUUUAUAGCUGGUCCUAAAUGUCUUGAAAUACCAUUACCAUAAUUCCUUUGAUCACAUAAAUAUCUAUGGAAUUAUCUAUUAUUAAUCAAAAC